UUUUAGAGCUUUUGGAUCUCUUUUCGCCCUUGCUCUGGGGGAAUAGUAGCAGCUAGAAUAACCUCUGUUAAAGCUAGCAGAGUGAGCGGAGUGCGACAGUGCACGGUAGAAGCAGCGAUUGCUAUCCGGAACAUGGCGGAGACCGUGCGCUCGCUGUUUGACUAUCGGGAGCCUCCGACGCUGGACAGCGAUGGAGAAGGAAGCAAACCGCCACCGCCGCGCGGGCGAGGCUGUGGCCGUAAGAGGAAGGGAACGCCCGUGAAGGUGUGCGACCGGGUCUUCGUCACCGAGGAUGAGGAGGAGAGCCUGUCUGAACACAGCUACUGUCCGGGUGACGGUCAGUACCAGGAAGGAGAGGAGGACAGACUUCCCCCGCCCGAUGGCCCCUACUACCUCGCCGACCCCGCCCAGCUAUGCGUCUCGGAGCUCGGAGAGGAAGGGGGCAGCGGGGCCAGGACCGCCGUGCUCUACCCGCCGCCGCCAAACUGCCGCAUCAGAGAGGUGCACUGUGGGAGCCAGGUGCGGCUGGUCGUCAUAGCGAUCAGAGACAUCGCCAAGGGGGAGGAGAUAACCGUGGACUACAGCCUGACCGAAUGGGGGGAGAACGCCAUGGGUUUCCACAGCUCUGUGUCUCCAGGAGGGUUCGAGUGCAGCUCUGAUGCUGAGAACAAUGUAAAGAAGGAGGAGGAGUCUGGCCCUGUCUCCCUCUCUCUCUCCGUCUCCGACUACCUCACGCCCUCCUGGUCCCUCUCCCCUUCGUCCUCCCCGCUCUCUCACUCCGAGCCCAGCGACUCGGACCGCGAGGAAGAGGAGGACGAGGAGGACGAGGACACGCAGGAGCACAGGGGCCGCAUGCUGCGCAGGCGCAAGAAGCGGAAGGGCGCGCCCGGCGCCAAAAAGAAGGCGGGGCCCCGGACUCCCGGCCGCCCCGCCCUCUUCUCCCGCGCCCCGCCCCAGCCCGCCCCUGCGCGGCCCCUCUUCAAAUCGCCGCCCACCGUGGCCCCCACCGCCACCACCACCAACAUCAACAACAACAUCAACAUCAACAUUGGGCGGGACGGGCCGGCGGGCGUGGUGGAGGGCGUGGGCGUGGUCGGGGGCGGGCAGAGGCAGAGCUGCCCGUACUGCGGCCGCCAGUUCCGCUUGCUCGCCCGCCACCUGGAGAAGCACCACGCCCAGCAGCCCGAGAUCAGGGCGGCCUUGGAGCGCGCCCAGACCCACCCCCACGCCGCCCUGCCGCAGCUGCGUCCCCCCGCCCACCCGCACUCCGCCCUGCCCGUCCCCUCCUCCUCCUCCUGCUCCUCGGCCCCGCCCACGCUCUCCUUCUCCAGGGAAAGAGAGGCCCAGGUUCACGGCGGAAACAACGGCGUCUCCCUCUCGCUGUCCCUCUCCCCCGCCUCCCUCAGCCACACCUCCCCCAGGAAGAGCCCCGCCCUCUCCACCCCGCCCAGGAAGAGCCCGGCCCCGCCCCUCUCCACUCCGCCCAGGAAGAGCCCCGCCCCGCCCCUCUCCGCCACGCCCAGGAAGAGCCCGGCUCCGCCCUUUUCAACCCCGCCCAGGAGGGGUGUGUCCACAAUGACCACGCCCAGGAAGGGUGGCCGCAGGUUGAAGAAGGAGAAGGAGGAGGAGCAGCCGGAGGAGAGGCAGGUGACUAAAGAAGAGGAGGUCUCUCCUCCCGUCUUUCAGGAGGUGGUGAGGGAGGGCAUGCAAGAAGAGAACGGAGUGAGGGAGGAGGAGAGUGGAGGAGAGGAGAAGAAAGGAGCAAUGUCGAGCUCCCGCAGGCCCCACAUGAUGCCACUGCUGUCCUCGCUCUCGUCGCUGGUGAUGUACCUGCGGCGGCUGCAGCACUCGGCCUUCCUGUCGCUGUCGCGCUCGCCGCAGUCGGCCGAGGCGUGGCGGCUGCUGUGCCACGCCAGCCUGGCGCUGCUCAUCCUCUACAACCGGCGGCGCGAGUGCGAGGCGUCCAAGCUCACCAUCCAGGAGUACCGCAGCCGCGUCACGCCGCAGUGCCCCAUCCCCGUGCCGCCCGGCGCCCCGCCCGCCCUCACCCCGCUGGAGGCCUCGCUCUCGCCCUUCGAGCGCCAGGUGCUGCCCCACCUGCCCCGGGCCGGCGUGCAGGGCAAGCGGGGGCGGGUGCAGCCCCUCAUCCUGCCCCCCCACAGCGAGCCAUGCCUGGAGCUGCUGCUGCAGACCCGGCCCGGUGUGGGGGUGGACCCGCAGAACCCCUACGUCUUCGCCCGGCCCUACCACUCGCCGGCCACGCCCCUGCGGGGCACGGACCUGCUGCGGAGCCUGGCGCGCUCCAGCGGGACCCGGAACCCCCGCGCCCUCACCCAGACCCGCCUGCGGCGCCAGGUGGCCAUCCUCACCCAGCUGCUGCUGCUGGGCGAGGGCGAGGGCCAAGGGGCGGGCAGCACCAGCGCCAGCCAGCGCCUGGAGAGCUUCCUGCAGAAGGAGUACCACGUGACCCAGAGCUGCGCCAGGAUUGGCCAGGACCCGGGCCUGAUGGGCCGCGUGGGCAGGGUGGUGCUGUGCGGAGAGAGGGACGGGGUGCUGUUUCGGGGGAUGAGCCUGCACCACAUCUGCCUGGAGCUGGACGUGAUGUCAGGGAACUCUGCAGACUCUUUCUCUGAUGACUCGGACGGGGAGCAGGGUAAAGAGAAGGCGGGGGCGUCGUCGGCGACGAUGGGGAAGAAGGGCGUGGCCAAUGGCAAGUCCCCCCGGCAGAGGAAAGGAAACGCAGCUCUUCCCAACUCCGCCUCCCCUUUCGCCUCCCCCAACGGUCGCAGGAAGGGAGCAGGCCAGCCCAAACCAGGGAAGCGUGGCGUUCUGAAGCGGCCCUGGUCGGAGGCGGAGCGCACGGCUGUGGAGUCCCACCUGACGCGCAACAUCAUGGAGCUGCGGGUGCCCGCCAAGGCCGACUGCGAGCGCUGCCUGCAGCUCUGCCCCCUGCUGGUCACCAACCGCCGUGACUGGCGGGCCAUCAAGUUCUACUGCCACAACCGCAUCCAGCUGCUGAAGAAGAGGGAGCGGAGGGAGAGCCUGAGCGCCAUGGGGGCUCCGCCCAUGUGCUGAGGAAGUCCCGCCUCCCAAAUAAACUUACACCCCCCCCGGCCCCUCCCAUCGACCGUCCCCUCACAGCUGACACGCCCUAGUCUCACUAACCUUUAAAAACUGCGCCAGCCCCGUCUGAACCACAAUCAGUAAAAUAAGUUUCAGAGUCAUUUCAGGGCUCUACAAGUGCUGCCAUUUUGGGAGCAUCGGCUCCUCGUAAUUGGUGUGCGCCAACUGUAAAAAAAGUAAUUGAGGAGAACAUCUCGUAAUUGGGGUGCAUUAGUGUACGGCUAAAUUUUUCAACUAGGGAGCACAUGUGCUCCUUGGACAAAAUUUUUUGUGUACAGCCCUGCAGUGGGUACGGUCUUGUCAGUUCACACGGGCCAUAGCUAUAAUCAGUUUGCUGAUAGCUGUGCUUUGUCGUAGGACGCUGCUAGCGAACAGAUAUAAGGGGCAAGGAGGUGUUACUCCUCUAACGUUCAUGGUGAAUUCCCAUUGACUUUGACUUUUUUUUGGGGGGGAGGUUGGGCUGGGGGGACUGGAAAAUGAGGGAGUGCCCUCCUUAAUAGUUUGCAACGUCCAACCAAAUUUGACCAUGUGAACCACAACACCACCAUUCCAUGCUGUCAUUAUUGACAGUCUAUUCUCCCCCCCCCGCCCCCCCAAAAGUGAACGGUGCAUUUACUCACUGGAGUUACCUUUGGUUUAUUGUAAUUUCUUUUGUUUUUUUUAAAGUGACCAGUCUACCUGUAGCCACAUCAGUUUCCCUGCUGCACUGUAGAUGACAGAGCUUCAUCAUACAGUCAGUGGUCUACAGUACACUCUACCUGUAACCGUCUGCAAACUACCUGCUCUGAAUCACUACAGGUGCGCACACAUCCACAGAUACUUGAACCUCUUAACAAAUCAGCUUUUUUCUCUGGUAUUUGGUACACACAGCGUUCAUAUACUGCUUGUCCUGUAUAUAGCGAUCUUAUCAUUUGAAUUCGAUAUUGUCUUGGUUAUUAAUAUAAUUCCUUCUUUAAGCUAUUCUGUACAUAUUGUUGUAAAUUAUCACAGAGACAAAAAGGAUGAAAUAAGUAUCGCGAAGAGAACCGUGUAAAGUAUGACUUGGUUUUUGUGUUACAUUGUUUGUUUGGUUUUUUUUUUUUUUACAGUAUGUAAUUAAAGUUACAUGCAUACAUUGUGGUUUUUUCGAGAACAACAGCAACAUUCUUUAACCCCUGUAGGUCUAGCAUUACACUGAAUGACUGCAUUUCACAAAUGUACACAAGGGACUGUCCAUGAUAUGACCAUCAGUUUGCAAUAUCAAAAUAAUUUCUACGUAACAUAUUCUGUCAUUUUUAUUUCCUCUGCUGGAUCAAAUUUGGUCGUCUUCAAAUU